CCUGCUCCCUUUGCGUUUUCGCGCCGUGGACGACGUACACAAAUCCAUUCACGAGGAACAGAAAAGAGGAGAGCAUUUCUCAAUGGAGAGCUCGUCCUCCUCCUCCCUGCUGGUGACGAGCUCCUCCGGCAACAAGCGGGCCAGAGAAGCCGACCUCGCCGCCGGCGGCGGCGAGGGUCCCGAGUCCCAAGGCAAGCGGCUGCGGCCGGAGGACCUGCUGGACAUGCUGGACGACGAGACCGAGGCGGACGCGGGCGGGGACCUGGCCUCCGUCAUGCGGAGCCUGGAGGAGGAGAUCUCCGCGGGCGAGCUCGAGCUGGAGACCGGCCCGCCGCAGCCCGAGCUCGGGUUCCUGCUCGAGGCCUCCGACGACGAGCUCGGCCUGCCGCCCGCCGGCGGCUCCUACACCUCCUCCGACGACUACGCCGCCGAGCCCGCCGACGGCGGCCUAUUCGGCGCGCAGAUCUGGGGAUUCGAGGACGAGAUCGACGGCGGUGCGGCAGACUACGGGUUCGGGGCCGUGACCUCCUCGCCCGAGGCCGCGGCGGCGGCGGCCGCGGCAGCCGCCGAGUGGGGCGACGACGGGUUCGGCGACGGGCUCUUCGGGUUCGGCGACGAAUCCUUUGGCGCGUCCGAUCUCGCCGCCCUGCGCCAGGAAACCAUGCCCGCCGUCUGAUCUUCGGUGGAUGGAUUAGCGCUGUCGUUUUUUCUUUUUUUUGCCGGUCGUUGGCUAACCUUAGCGUUACCCUUUUUUUUAACCUUGGAAGGAUGUAAAGUUUCUAGAAGGCAAAGGUUAAAAAAACUGCGUGGAAGUAGUUCCUGGGAAAUGUUUUACCUCCUGCUA